UAAACUAGCUUUGCUCAGCUUCUGUUACCCAAAAGAAAAAAGGAGAUAGAAAUGGAUGGCAUAAAGCAUAGGAAGGUGGCAGUUAAUGGCAUCAACAUGCAUAUUGCAGAGAAAGGAGAAGGCCCCGUGGUGCUCUUCCUCCACGGCUUCCCAGAGCUCUGGUACUCCUGGCGCCACCAGAUUCUCGCUCUCAGCGACAGAGGGUACCACUGUGUGGCCCCUGAUCUCCGCGGCUAUGGGGAAAGCGAUGCUCCUGCUUCCAUCGAAAGCUACACGAGCUUCCACAUAGUGGAUGACCUUGUUGCACUUAUUCACUCUCUUCAAGUUGAGAAAGUGUUCUUAGUGGGUCAUGAUUGGGGUGCAAUCAUCGGUUGGUACCUCUGCAUGCUUCAUCCUGAAAUGGUUAAAGCCUACGUAUGCCUCAGCGUCCCCUUCCUUCGAAGAAAUCCCAUAGUUCCCCCCGUGGACGCCAUGCGUGCUCUCUACGGAGAUAACUACUAUAUCUGCAGAUUUCAGAAACCGGGUGAGAUGGAAGCGGAAAUGGCCGCAGCUGGGACUAAGUACGUGCUUCAAAACAUCCUUACAACUCGCAAGCCUGAUCCUCCGAUCUUGCCCCCGGGCAAGUUUGUAUUCAAUCCUGAUAUGAAAGACACCCUGCCUUCUUGGCUAACGGAGGAGGAUCUUGAUUAUUUUGUCUCCAAUUUCGAGAGGACGGGAUUCACCGGAGCAUUGAAUUACUAUAGGAACUUUAACCGGAAUUGGGAGCUUGAAGCAGCAUAUAGUGGAGUGAAAAUCAAGGUGCCAGUGAGAUUCAUCACAGGCGAAUUGGACAUGGUGUACAACUCACUAGGGUUAAAGGAGUAUAUCCACGACGGUCGCUUUAAGGAGGAUGUACCAAAUUUGGAGCAUAUAAUUAUUCAAACCGGAGUUGCUCACUUCAACACUAUGGAGACACCAGAGGAUGUCACUAAUCACAUUUACACAUUCAUUACCAAGUUCGAUUUCCGCUCCAUCUAGACUCUGGAGUCUGGUCUACAUAUAUUUGUGAAACAAUCACUCUUGCGUCUCCUUUCUACCAUGUAUUCAUUAAUACGUAUGUUAUUCAAAUAAGCGCGUUGGCAAACGCAGAGGAAAAAGCCCUGCUGAGAAACUCUUGAGCAAGCAAUUCUUAGUAUUUUUUUUAUUAUUUAGUUAAUAUAAAUAUUAAAUUAUUUUUAGUAAAUAAAUUUUAUUAA